AAAUAAAGAAGAAAUUUAAGAAAACAAAAGCACAAAUAAUUGUGAUAAAUGCAACCAUAACUACAUGCACCUACCCACUUGGCAAUACAUACAUGAUAUGAUGAUUUUGAACUAUAAAAUGCCCAUGCACCCUACCCCUCCAUAUAUCUCUCUCCAAUAAUCGUUACUUAAUUACACUAGCAUAUAUAGCUAUGAUGGCUCUUCGUAAUUUCAUUACCAUUAUGCUUGCGAGUGCUAUUUUCUUACUAACUAUUUCUAUUGCUCAUGCCUCCGAUCCCAGCCCUUUGCAAGACAUAUGUGUUGCAAUCAACGGUGCCAAUGAGACUGUGUUCGUGAAUGGAAAAAUAUGCAAGAACCCUGUGGAUGUCGUAGCCGAAGAUUUCCUCUUUCAGGGCCUCAACGUCCCCGGGAACACGUCGAAUCAACUUGGAUCGGCGGUGACCGCCGUGAACGUGAAUAAUCUGCCCGGACUUAACACCCUCGGUACAUCGUUCGCACGUUUGGACUUUGCGCCCAACGGAAUCAAUCCUCCCCACACCCACCCGAGAGCAACUGAAGUCUUCUCUCUAUUGGAAGGCACGCUCUACGUUGGGUUUGUGCUCUCCAACCCCCCGCCCGGGAUGCAAAACAGGCUAAUCACCCGAACUCUCGUAGCGGGGGACGUGUUCGUGUUCCCCCAAGGCCUCAUUCAUUUUCAGUUCAACAUUGGGAACACGAGCGCUCUAGCUUUCGCAGGCUUCAGUAGCCAAAAUCCCGGAGUUAUUACUAUCGCCAACACGGUCUUUGGUUCAAACCCGCCCAUCAAUCCCAAUGUUCUUGCUAGAGCUUUUCAUCUGAGCGGGAAUCUGGUCCGAAAUCUGCAAUCACAAUUCUGGGUCAAUAACAAUAGCUAGAUAUUUGUAAAACAUCAAGCUUAUCUAAUAUGGAUUACAUGUAUAAUAAUACAAUAUAUACUACGUGCGUAAAUACUCAAACUGCUGGGGCUCUUGGAAUAUACAAUAAAAUGCCCUACCACACAACAUAGCUCAUGCAUGGUUGAAAGGAUUGUAAUGAAAUAAAGUACUCUCGGAUCAAACAAUGUAGUUUGGCUUCUGAAACGACAACCCUCUCCCUCCAUCUUCUUCGACUUAUAAACGUGGCAGCUAGUACCCAGA